UGUAUAUAAACAAAAAUGAUAUUUGAAGUUGAUCUUGAAGAAAUGAAGUUGCACCUUGAAGGACAGGGUGUUGUUUCUAACACAAUACAAGAGUUUUUUAAUAAAAGUUGUAGCACUGUAAUCCCAUUGAAGAGAAGCAUAUUAUCACUUCAAGAGCUGAAAAUUUAUGCUUCAUUAUCAAAUUAAUUAAACAUGACUUGCGAAUGAACACUGGCCCAAAACACUUUUUUGAUUCACUUGACUCAAGUGCUUAUGCAUUGUUUCAAGCUUCAAGUGAUUUGAAAAGUGUUAUCGAAAAGUGGAUGCAGUUGAAUAGCGAAAAAAAACUUUCAUCUGGCACUAAAAAUUUGCUUAGUAUUGAGACAAGUAUAAUGACACCAAUCAAACCUAUGCUUGCUGAUGCUUGCAAGUCUAUUGAACAAGCAAUCAAAAAAUGUCCUAAUGGAAUGUACUCUGAAAUCAAGUAUGAUGGUGAACGUGUUCAGGUACAUAAAAAUGGAAACAAGUUUGAAUACUAUAGUCGAAGUCUCAAGUCGGUACAACCUCACAAGAUUGCAGACAUCACUCAUUAUUUGCCACAAGCAUGUCCUGGUGGUGAUGCACUUAUUUUACAUGGGGAGGUUCUUCUUAUGGACACAAGCACAAAUAAACCAUUGCCGUUCGGAACAUUGAGCAUUCACAAGAAGUCAAAAUUUGCAGAAGCAACAGUAUGUUACGUUAUAUUUGAUAUUUUACAAUUUAACAAUGAAAGUUUAUUGAAAAGGCCACUAUGUGAGAGACGUGAGAUAUUGUGCAAGAACGUCAAAGAGAUUAAGGGUAGAAUUGUUUUUUCAGAGAUGAAGGAAAUUACAAAAAGUGAUGAGCUUCAGUGCCAGUUAAAAAAAGUAUUUAGUGAGAACCUUGAAGGGCUUGUGAUGAAGGACAUUAAAAGUAUAUAUGAGCCAGGAAAAAGACAUUGGUUAAAGUUUUGAAUUAGAUUAUAAAAGACUAUCUUCAAGAUGGCGCAAUGGCUGACACUGCUGAUCUUGUAGUUCUUGGUGCUUAUUAUGGAACAGGAAAUAAAGGUGGUAUGAUGUCUGUAUUCCUGAUGGGUUAUUAUGAUCAGAAUCAGAAAAAGUGGUUGACAGUAGCUAAAUGUGGAAACGGUUUUGAUGAUGAUACAAUAAAAAAACUCCAGUCCUCUUUACAAA